CGUCACGUCCGCACUUGAACUUGCAGCUGAGGGGGGCUCCGGUGGACCCCUGUCUCUCUCUCCGUGUCGGUCUGUGUGCGUAAAAAGUCAUGAGGAGCUCGGCGCGGCGCGCAGCGCGCACCUCUCCUUCCGUGUGAGUCGCGGCUGCUUUUCGGUUUUCGCCUCACGGAUAUCACCAUGAGCACAUUUCAUUCGGACCUGACCUCGUAGGAACGGAUUUCCCGAUGUGACUCGGCUGAAGAGCUGCACCGACAUGUCUCGCCGCAAACAGGGCAAACCGCAGCACUUGAGCAAAAGGGACUUUUCGCCUGAGCCGCUGUCAGGUGUUUUACCAGAAGAAGACUCUCAGGACUCUCCCAGGCUGGGACUGGCUCAGGGCGAGCCCCUAAAAGGGGACCAGGACCUGCUGACCUGCGGCCAGUGCCACGCUCGAUUCCCGCUCUCAGACAUUCUGCUCUUCAUCGAACACAAACGGAGACAAUGCCACGGGAGUCUCUGUAUGGACAAAUCUUUGGACAGACCGCCGUCCUCCCCCAUCGCCUCACCCGUCUCCACGUCCUCCUCACACUCACGGACCAACCAUCAGCAUCUACGAAAAGUGUGUCACCCGGUGGAGGUGGCUGUUCAGGUGUCGCCGCGUCAUGAGGACUGUUUAACUGCACCCUUGCAAGGAAUAAUCCCCAAGCAAGAGAAUAUCACAGAUAAAGAUGAGCCCAGCACCUACACCUGCACCACAUGCAAGCAGCCUUUCACCAGUGCCUGGUUCCUGCUCCAGCAUGCCCAGAACACCCACGGCUUCCGCAUCUAUCUGGAGAGUGAGCCCGGCAGCCCCCUCACCCCCCGUGUGGCCGCUGCCCCAGGGAUGGGCAGUGACUGUGCCUCCUCUCAGCCACCCGUCCACGCCGUCCACUUGGCUGAUGGCAGUCCUUACAGUCUCCUAAAAAUGCCCGGCUCCGGGUCUGGCCGGGACUCAGCGUCUACACCUCGUGAGGGCCGUUACCCCCAGACGCCACCGCUGUUCAGUCCGCCACCACGGCACCACCUCAGUCCUGAUGAUCUGGUGCUGGCAACCCACCACCCCAGUGCUUUUGACAGAGUGAUGAGACUCAACUCGGUACCAUUAGAACCUCCUCCAAGCAUGGACUUCUCUAGGCGGCUUCGUGAGCUCGCUGGCAAUGCCACUGGAGCUUCACCUCCUCUCUCCCCCAACCGACCCAACCAUGUGCAGCGGCUCCUGCAGCCAUUCCAGCCAGGUUCUAAGCCCCCAUUUUCAGCCACACCUCCUCUCUCCACUUCUCAAUCACCGUCUGGUUCACGAUCAACCCCUAAUCCUGUCUCCACCACACUCCAACCAGGAACACCUCUGAAGGCAAAAUCUUGUGAGUUUUGUGGGAAAACCUUUAAGUUCCAGAGCAACCUAAUUGUUCACCGUCGCAGCCACACGGGGGAAAAGCCAUUCAAGUGUCACCUGUGUAACCACGCCUGUACCCAGGCCAGCAAAUUAAAACGGCACAUGAAGACACACUGUCAGAGCAAGUCUUCUGUCCUUAACGUCAAGUCAGAUGACGGCCUCUCAACCGCCAGCUCCCCUGAGCCUGGCACCAGUGAGCUGAUGGGCAGCGCUACUGAUGCCCUCAAAUCAGUGGUUGCCAAGUUCAAGAGUGAGAAUAAUGGUCUGAUGCCAGAAAAUGGAGAGGAGGAAGAGGAGGAGGAAGAGGAAGAGGAGGAAGAGGAGGAGGAAGAAGAGGAGGAGGAAGAAGAGGAGGAAGGCGAUGAGGAUGAAAUCGAGAGUAAACCUGGAAGAGGAGAAGGAACCUUAAGGAAUGACUAUCGUUUCACGCUGCGGCUGGAAGGAGCCCGUCACCACCGGAACAGUGAAGCCCUACACCCACAUCGCCGGAACUCAUCCCAGGAGCCCGGAGACGAGGACUCAACCAUGGGGUCCGAUCAGGCAGAAGAUGGAACCACCACCGCUGCCAUUAAUGGCCUGGGAUCUCUUUCCACCGACACCCUAUCCAGGAAGCUGUUGACUGGAGGGGUUAGCCCUGGAUCCCUUAGUCCCCUAUCAAAGCGUAUCAAGGUCGAGAAGGAUCUUGAUCCCCUGACACCUACCAUCCCAAACACUGAGAACGUCUACUCCCAGUGGCUAGCUGGCUACGCUGCCUCACGACAGCUCAAGGAUCCCUUCCUCAGCUUUACCGGUGGGGACUCGAGACAAUCGCCCUUUGCCUCCUCAUCUGAACACUCGUCAGAGAACGGCAGCUUGCGUUUCUCGACUCCACCCGGGGAGCUGGAUGGGGACCGCACCGCUUCAGGACGCAGCGGCACCGGAAGCGGUGCCAGUACACCCCACGGCGGCAGCGGAAACGGCAGGCCAAACUCCAAGGACGGCCGGCGCAGCGACACUUGUGAAUUUUGUGGCAAAGUUUUCAAGAACUGUAGCAACUUGACGGUGCACCGACGCAGUCACACCGGAGAGCGGCCGUACAAGUGCGAGCUGUGCAGCUAUGCCUGCGCCCAGAGCUCUAAGCUCACCCGCCACAUGAAGACUCACGGUCAACUGGGCAAGGACGUGUACAAAUGUGAAAUCUGCCACAUGCCUUUCAGUGUAUACAGCACUCUGGAGAAACACAUGAAGAAGUGGCACAGCGACCGUCCUCUUGUUAGCGACAUAAAAACUGAGUAGGCAAAGAGCAACGGGUGGGCGGCUCCGUCGCAGCUCGCCUUGCUAAAUAGCACCCCUUGGUUACUAGCAGAUAAGUGCGGGGGGGGGGGGAGUUGAGUGGGUUCCACCCCAGUAUGCAGUAUGGCCCUCGGGGAAAUAUUAUUGCAUCAAACGCAGAACUUUUUGAGCCUUUCUAUUGUGCAAUAAUUUACACGUUUUUUGUAUUUUUUGUAAUUGGACAGCAUGCUCAGUGUGUUUUGGCUACUUAGAAAGAGAAUUGUCCUCAGCUGGUGCGUUGGGUUGUGCUUGUGUUGCAGUUUAUCAUUUCUUCAACAUAAACCGCGGAGUUGACGCUGCACACGGCACACACUGUUUUACAUAUCAUGGACACGUCUGUGUUCUGUUGACAGCAGCGUCUUAUUAAAAGCAUCAAACAAGCAGGGUCACGCUUAGAACUUUGUGAAAAAGUUGAGAUAUAUGUGUGUGUUUGUGUGUGUGUGUCUGUAAGAAUCGGGCUGCCUCUGGAACACUCGGCACUGCAGCCAUUAAAUAUUUCUUUUACAAGCAGCAAUGAAAUUAACAAUAUUGAGAGAAACGACAACAAAGAGUGCCUUGGAUAUUUUACCUGCAUUACGUAACCGUCCUUUUUUUGGUAUAAGCUUCACAUGUUGAACGUUAGGGGACAUUUUUUCUGCAGGUGGAACGAGCAGGUCCUUGCAUCAAGCACCUGUUGGAGCUGUCAGAACAAACAAAAACCCAACUCUGAUAAAAAAACAGCAGUACUGUGGUGUGCUCAGGUGCUCGUGUACCCCAACUCAUUUUCAUGCCACCAGCUUAAAGCUCUUAGAGCUGAUGGCAUCAGAAAGGCUUGAAUUUAAAUCAGCUCUGAAUUUAAAGAUACAAAUUCACCAGAUCAAGUUUGAAUAUUUCACAUAAAUGUGAAUGAUUAAAAAAAAGAAAAAAAAAACUGCUUUGUAAAAAUGACACAAAUAAGGUAGAAAAAAAUGGGUUUGGGUGACCAAAGACAAUUAAAUUGGGAUGUUAUUGAUUGUGGUUUUAUCAGUAGAAAUGAAGAAGGUUGAGGCAGCGAGGGGAACACCCGCAGCUGGACACGGUGGAAGAACUGCGUGCGGCCGCGAUGUUUGAUGAAUUCUGUCCAAAUAGCACUUUAUCACUGACUAAAACACACCUACAGUCCAUAUUGGCUUCAACAGCUGUGACCUUGAGUCUGACCUUUUAAGAUCAAAGGUCAAAGGUCACUGACCGACUUAUUGCUCCAUUCUCACGUUACCUUGUUGUUGCUCUAUUUUCAGCUUUUCUCUGCAUUGUUCUCUUCACUCAGCCAUUUUUGUCUUGAAAAAAUAAAAGCAGUACGACAUA